AUGGUCCAUGAUCUCCACCCACGGGAUGACAGCAAACACAAGCGACACCACUGCAUCCACCAAAGCCCUCGCAAAAAAGAACCCCAGGAGAGCCUCAUCGUGCGGCCCAGGCCAUGGGUUCAAGGGCGAGAGGAAGAAAGGCAUAAGCUUGACCUUGACGAAGAGCAUGAAGAGCACAUUCUGGUCUCGGACAUCGGCAAAGAACCAGAUCCACAAGAACUGGACGAUGGCGUCCCUCGCGGCCCACCUCCAGAACACGAACUGCGUGAGCCGUCACAUCCCCAACCGAGCGCCGGAAUAGAUGGUCUCCGUGACGGAGACCGGCUUCCGAAGGUGGAAGGCCACAGUCGAGAAGAAGACGGCGCCGAAGGCGGACGUGUAGGCGAGAAUGAAGCCCAUGAUGGCAAGGGCGUGGGUGGAGGAGAGGAGGGUAAGAAGAAUCCGGAUAUCAGGGGCCCGAUCUCCGUUGUCGUCGACGCCAACAGCAUCGGCGGCGUCGGGGAAGGAGAAGAGGAAGGGGGAGGAUGGGGAAUAGUCAGGAAUCCUAAUCUUGACUCGGUUGAAGGAACUCUGGAGCCCAAUGGAACCGUUGCCACGGAGGAAGAGUGCGAGGAGGGAGGUGUUACCGGCGGCGGAGAGGCGGCGAGCGGCGUCGGAGGAGGUGAAGUGACCGUUGUCGUCGAAGGUGCCGAGGCGGGUGAGGUGGAUGAAGGGAGUGCGGCGGCGGGCAGCGGGGGGAGGAGGAGGGGAAGGGGGCGACGAGAAGGAGGAGGAGGAGGAGGAGGAGGGGGGCAAGGAGGAGAGGCGGUGGAGGAGGGAGCGGACGUCAGGAUCGCCGUCGGGGAGGGAGGAGAGGCGGAGGCUGCCAGCGAGGAGGGCGGUAAGGAUGAGGGCAGGAGCGGAGAGAAGGGAGGACAGGGAAAUGCGGCCGUCCGGUGA